GCCGCCGCCGCCGCCGCCGCGCUGCGCUUUCUUCCUGCGGGCGCCUGAGCGCAGGGGCGCGCAGCGUCCGCGGCAGCCGCCUCCCCGAGCCCUGCGCCCCGGCGCGCCCCGGGCCCCUUCCCCGUGCCAGGCGGAGGUUCCCGGGCGCCGCCGCCGCCAGCCAGCCUCGAACCGGCUCCUCCCGGGCAGCUGGUGCCAGGCGGAGGCUCCCGGGCGCCGCCAGCCAGCCAGCCAGCCUCGACCCGGGCCGGAGGCGCCUCGCCGGGCCGCCUCCGCUGGCCGGGUGCGGGCCGGCUCCAUGUUCCAGCUGCCCCUGUUGAACUUCAGCCCGCAGCAAGUGGCCGGCGUGUGCGAGACGCUGGAGGAGAGCGGCGACGUGGAGCGCCUGGGGCGCUUCCUGUGGUCGCUGCCGGUGGCGCCGGCGGCGUGCGAGGCGCUGCACCGCAACGAGUCGGUGCUGCGCGCGCGGGCGGUGGUGGCCUUCCACGGCGGCCACUACCGCGAGCUCUACCACAUCCUGGAGAGCCACAAGUUCCCCAAGGAGUCGCACGCCAAGCUGCAGGCGCUGUGGCUGGAGGCGCACUACCAGGAGGCCGAGAAGCUGCGCGGCCGCCCCCUCGGGCCCGUCGACAAGUACCGCGUGCGCAAGAAGUUCCCGCUGCCGCGCACCAUCUGGGACGGCGAGCAGAAGACGCACUGCUUCAAGGAGCGCACGCGACACCUGCUGCGCGAGUGGUACCUGCAGGACCCCUACCCCAACCCGGCCAAGAAGCGCGAGCUGGCCACCGCCACCGGCCUCACCCCCACCCAGGUGGGCAACUGGUUCAAGAACCGCCGACAGAGGGACCGCGCCGCCGCCGCCAAGAACAGGUAAAGGGGAACGGGGGGGGGGGUGUAGGAGGGGGGGAAGGCUCGGAUCCGGACCCUCCCCAGACGGCGGGACAAAUGGGGGAGGGGACAGCCAGGGGUCCACUCGCGCCUCCCUGCCUGAUUCUCAUCUGGAUCCUCCGUUGCGCGUUUCGGCGCAAAUGGCCCAGGCGCACGUGUGGCUUCUGUCCCCAGGACGCCCGUGGUGGGGUGGGGGGCGCUCAGCCACCCAAAGAGCUGCGGACCCCCGCCGGGAGGUCGGGGAGGGAGGGAUUCUGCCUGCAGCGUCGACGCGCAGCCCCGAUCCUAAGGCGCUGUGCCCUGGGCGCAAGCCCCGCUGGACGUGUUUCAAACUUGCGUAGGAUCGGGCGCUGCAAGGCAACUGAGUGGGAAGGAAGGGUGUCAGCGCGUACCGGGCAAAGGCGCUUAGGAUUCCGUUGCGCGUCGCCGCGGGGAAAAGGAGGAGGAGGUCUACUCUAGCAGAUGUCAGGCCAGGUCGAGCAGUCUGAUCCCAAAUCCUAGGACUCCAGACCUUCCACUUUGGGGGCACCCCCCCCCGACCCCCCCGGGCAGCGCCACCUUCCCAUAGUUCAUCCCCCAAACCAAGUCACCGUCAGUCUGUCGGGACAGCCGGACGGCGCUGAGGCUUUGUCGCUUUCCAGGACCGUGUAUCUCCUUCCUGGCACCCUACGGGUGUCUCCUUCCUAAAUAGGUGGGUUGACAGAUCCCCAAACGCCGUCACGCCGGCCCGAUCCACCGCGCCAUCCUACACAGAGCGCGCUCUUGUAAGCCCAUUGGCUUCAAGCGAUUGGGAAGGGAGUGACUCGGUUUAGGGUGGAGGUGCCUGUUCGGUCCUCCACUUUGACCUCCCCCAGAGGGUGGCAGGCAGGCAGAAGGGGGUCACAGAGGAGGAGGACGGAGCGUUUUUUGAGGUUUUCAAGUCAGCCCUUUAGCAUCAUCACAUCGACUUGGAAGGCAAUCCAGCCCGCUCUUGGGGGUUUCCCCGGGCUUAGUGGCCCAGAUCUAGUGGGGUUUUUGCUUCUGAUGCCUCCGAAGAUGCCAGCCAUAGAUGCGGGCGAAAGGUCAGGAGCAAAAAGCACCAGACCGCGGCCCCCCAGCCAGGGAAACCCACAUCAGCCAGCGGGUUCCAUUCGUUUUAGACCCCACUUUUCUCCCUAGUGCCAGGACCUGCCCCCAAAUCUUGCAGAUCCCAGUGCAGAAUAAUACACCUUUAAUCCACUUUCACAAUUCUUUGCAUGUGGAUUUGGCUCUUCCGCACAGUAAAAUCCAGCUGCAAAGUGCAUCGAAAGUGGAUUGAAAGUGCCUUAUUCUGCAUGUGCGGAAGGGGCCUCAAAGGUGCCCUAUAUCUAUUCCUGCACAAAAGUCCGAGGCUGAUUCCACAUGGGCCAAAAACAGCGGUGUGAAAACAGUGUGAAAACAGUAUGAACCCUUUUACACCGUUAAAAACCCUUUUGCACCGGUUUUCACACUGCUGUUUUUGGCCCAUGCGGAAUCAGCCCGAGAUUCUGAAUAGGUUUCGGUGGCUGGGCUUUCUCCUGGACUUCCUUCCUCGGGUGGCCUCCCCUGCAAGAAUCCACCAGCCCUCAACCCGGGUUUUAC